AUGUUAUGUUUAAAACAAAUGUAUGGUGGUAAUUUAUUUCGACUGAAGUUAAUACUCCGCAGCGAUGUGUGGUUUAUUAUAUGUUUAACAAAACUCAUAUCAUUUAAUCAUAUCUGUGAAAAUGUUAGCGGCAAGGCAAAGAAGACCAAGGACAUGAUCCAUAAACUGACAAAUCUUAUUUGUUUUACAAAAGCGCGAGAAGAGAUUGUCCAGUUUGUUUUACAAAUCUCACUUCGCCCAUUAAAAUUUAGCGGAUUAGGUCUAUUUUACUUCGGUUACAAUUUCGUUCAUAAGUUCUUUGUCUCGAUUCUCACUGCCGUUGUUUUUAUGCUGCAAAUGGAUACUUCUCUUAUAUCUCGAAUAAUUACUGAUAAUAUAACAUGUUACGAAUAA